AUGGAGGUAACCUGGCCACAGUUAUUCAAAAGCGACUUUCUCAAUCCCGAUGUACUGAAUGCUACGAACCCAUAUCCAGUCUGGGGCUACGCACACGGACCUAUUCCAAAUAACAAUCCUGAUUGGAAAAUAAUACCGACGACCCAAAGUGGAUAUAUAGGCACUAAACAAUUCACAACUGCUCUUACUGCUAAUAGGCCACAAGCCCCGAUGGUUACCCUGAAUCGCUGUGACACCAUAGUGUAUCAUAUGAGUUCCUCAAUUUGCGAUAUCUUGGUUCAAGACAAUCAGCUAUGCGAGGCGAGUUUCCACCGGCAGCGCAAUUUCAGCAUUCAUGUUCGUAGAGCCCAUACUGGUGCCGCCAACCCGCCAAAGCUCGGCCCCGUGACCGCCGAGGAAAAAACUGCUGGAAAUAACGCGAGAAAGCGUUGGGUUUUGAUGGGAGGCUGGCGUGAUGCCCUCUAUAUGAAAGAACCCAAGAGGGAAAUUAUUUCUGCCACUAUGAUCGGCUACUAUUGUGAUGCGUUAGAGGAAAUUGCCUGGGUCUCUUCUGUUACUCUCCGGUGUGGUCAACUACCGAAGCAUAUACUGACACAUUCUACCAGGCAUACCGAUGCCCAGUUUGCUGCAGAGAACCAUCAUCCUGGAAAUCGAGUGAUGCCUUUGGUUGCACCAUCAACGCCCGGUGGCGAUGACUCUGUGAAAUCCACUAGAUGUGAGCAGCCUACCCAGACUGAGCCCACAUCUGACAAUGACCCCGAUGUCAACCCCGAUUUUACAUCUGGACCUGAUUGCGAGAUUGUCUCCGAGUCUGUGUCUGAGUUUGACUCCGAGCCUGAGGACCAAGAAGAGUGGCCGAUGGACGCCGUCACUGAUAUCUUUGCUGGGCUGUAUCUACCGUCAAGCAAAUUGGACGCGGCAUAUGGACCUAUGCCCGAAGGAAUGGACAGAGUAUAA